UGAUGUUUCCGCAUCUUCCUCAAACUCUCUUUCUUGGAAAAAAACAUGCACAUCAGAUCAAAGAAAAAUAUGAAGGUAUUGAUGAUCAAACAUGGGAAUUAUUUCAUCUCCAAGAUUUCAGAUGAAAACUUGCUAAUUCAUGGGAUUUAGCCACCAUACAAACCCAUGUUCUAUGCUUCCAGUCCUUUUGGUUAUAUGUUCUUGUUUCUUCUUGUGUUUUACUGCUGCGAUUCACACCAUAGAGGUUAAUCAAUCUAUUCGUGACCCUGAAACUUUGAUUUCCAAAGGGCAGAAAUUCAAAUUUGGUUUUUUCAGCCCUGUGAACAGUAGCCACCGUUAUGUUGGUGUGAUGUUCAAUAUCCCCGUGACGACUGCUAUAUGGGUAGCUAAUAGGGACAAGCCUCUCAAUGAUUCUACUGGAACAGUGGAGAUAUCAGGAGAUGGCAAUCUCGUGAUCUUGGACGGACAAAAGCAGAUCGUGUGGUCAUCUAAUCUUUCGAGUUAUGUGGCAAAUUCUACUGCAAUGCUCUUUAAUACAGGGAAUCUGGUGUUACGAGAUAACUCCAAUGGUCGGACUAUUUGGGAGAGUUUUGAACAUGCGUCGGAUUCUUUCGUAGAAAAGAUGAAACUUAGUACAGAUUUAAGAACAGAUGAGAAGAAUAUACUGACAUCAUGGCGAAGUCCUCAGGAUCCAGGACUUGGUAAUUUUACAACUACCGUUGAGCCUCUAGAGAUUCCACAAUCCUUUGUCUGGAAGAAUGGAUAUCCUUAUUGGCGCAGUGGCCCAUGGAACGGUCAAAUCUUUCUUGGGAUGCCUUACAUGAAAUCCUUCUACAAACAUGGAAUGGAUGUUGUGAAUGAUCAUCUUGGAAGUGCAUAUUUGAUCUUUACCAAUUUAAAUUCGUCUAUUUUGAUGUAUUAUGUCUUGAAGUCAUCAGGGAACUUAGAGGAGAAGCUGUGGUCUGAUGAGAAGGGGGAGUGGCUGAUAACAUGGUCAUCUAUAGUAAAUGAGUGUGAUAUCUAUGGUACUUGUGGACCUUUUGCAAGCUGCAAUGCUCAGGACGAACCGAUAUGCUCGUGUUUUCCAGGGUAUGAACCCAAAAAUAAAGAUGAGUGGAAUGCAGGAACUUGGUCUAGUGGAUGCACGAGGAGAACUCCCCUCCGGUGUCAGAAGAAAAAUCCUGUAGGAAAAGAAGAUGUGUUUCUGAAGCUGAGCCAAGUAAAGUUGCCGGAUCAUGUUAAGUGGCUUCCGGCUCCAGAUGCAGACUGCAGGAGCCAGUGCUUGAGCAAUUGUUCUUGUAUAGCUUAUGCAUAUUAUGCUGGAAUCGGGUGUAUGACAUGGGCUGGAAGCUUAAUUGAUGUACAAAAGUUCUCUGAUGUUGGUCCAGACCUUUACAUUCGAGUGGCACAUAAAGAACUAAGUUACAAACAAUACUGGAAAGCAGUCACUGCUGCGAUAGUGGUUCUAGCAUUUGUAUCAAUCCUUUUAUGUGCACACUUUAUGCGGAAGUUGUUUCUCAAGUUCAGAGGGGAAGCAGAUACAGGGUGUUCGGAAGAUAGGAUUGCCAAACACAAUAUGCAUGGAGUUAAACUUGAAGCAUUACCGUUAUUUAAGUUCGGGACGCUCUCAAACGCCACAAAAAAAUUUGACACAACGAAUAAGCUUGGACAGGGUGGCUUUGGUCCAGUUUUCAAAGGAAAAUUACCAAAUGGACAGGAAAUUGCUGUAAAGAGGCUGGCAAGAUCCUCCAACCAGGGGCUAGAGGAGUUCAUGAAUGAGGUUGAGGUAAUCUCUAGGCUCCAGCAUCGCAAUCUUGUCCGACUCCUUGGCUGCUGUGUUGAUCAUGAAGAAAAAAUGCUGGUUUACGAAUAUAUGCCCAAUGGAAGCUUGGAUUCUUAUCUCUUUGAUUCACAUAAACAACUGCUUCUUGAUUGGCAAACACGCAUAGUCGUUAUCGAGGGGAUCUGUCGAGGCCUCCUGUACCUUCACAGGGAUUCCAGGUUAAGAAUUAUUCACAGAGAUCUGAAGGCUAGUAAUAUCUUGUUGGAUGAGGAGCUGAACCCAAAAAUUUCUGACUUUGGUAUGGCGAGGAUUUUCUGUUGCAAGGAAGAUCAAGCCAAUACAACAAGGGUUGUUGGGACAUAUGGCUAUAUGCCCCCAGAAUAUGCUCUACGUGGAAUAUUCUCGGAAAAAUCAGAUGUCUACAGUUUCGGUGUCCUGCUAUUAGAGAUUUUGAGUGGGAGGAGGAAUACCAGCUUUUAUCAUGAAGAUCAACAACUUUUCCUAAUAGCAUAUGCCUGGAAAUUGUGGAAUGAAGACAAGAUAAUGAAUUUGGUUGAUCCGAUAAUAUAUGAUCCUCGUAUGGAACCUGAUGUAGUAAGGUAUGCAAACGUAGGACUUCUGUGCGUUCAAGAAGCAGCAGCGGAUAGACCAAAUACUAAGACAGUGCUGUCGAUGCUGAGUAGUGAGAUUGUGGAGCUCCCUCGUCCCAAGCAACCACCUUUUACUGCAAUUCAGAUGUCUUCAGAAUCAGAAUGCUCACAGAUGAAUCCAAAUAUAUGUUCUGUGACCAAUUUCACUGUGAGAAUUGUCGAAGGCCGAUAGAACUUAAUUGGUAUUGUUAAUGGCGAUCCGACAGUUAUUCGCUUGAAUAAGAUCAACAGUUUUGUUCAUGACGAGUUUUCCGAAGUUACCUAUCGGCUACACACUUCGAACUGCUGCCAAAUUACUAAAUACGACAUCGUCUAAGAUUAUGUCCAAGAUAUGAGAUAUGACAUGAUCAAUCUUCUUCCUACAAGUACUUGAAGAUUUGGGGAGAUUCCCGUGGGCCAAAAGAUUAGUGGGUGAUAAGUUGAACUCGAGAUCCAUCUUACGUACAUUUAUUGGGUAUCUCAAUGAAACUACAACAUACUAUUUUUAUGAUCGUUCGAAAUAAAUCAUUUCAUUCA